CAUAAAAAAAAAGAACACGACACCUAGUGCAGAAGUAGCAUGAUUGACAGUGGCAAAGACAAGCCUAAACGACCUCUUUCUCUGUCCACAACCAUGAUGCGUGUAUUUCGCUCCAAGGGCUGGGUGUUCCCUCUCUUGAGUGUCCUUGCUGUUAUCUAUUUCGUAUUAUUCUUCUCAUCGUCACCCAUUCCCGAAAAUACAAUACUUGAGACACCUCCUCCACCACAUCCUCUCAGUCGGCUCACCCAAGAACGUAGAGCAUUAUUAGCAUCAGUCCUCGCACACAUUCGAAUUGGUUACGUAGCCAACCGUACCCCUGAUACUGACACUCCUCCCCUUGUGGUCAUUUAUCGAUGCAAAGAAACUAAAUGUGAAUUUGCUUUGAAUCUAAAGGCCAUUAGCACAGCUUAUUUGUUUGCAAUGCUUCAAGAAGGAGCUGCAAUGGGGUUCUUGAUGGGUAACAUUCCUUUGCAGUGGGAAUGGUAUUUUGAGCCUGUGCCACGGUAUAUGGCUCUUUCAACUCAACAAACAUCCAUGUACCGAGAGAGAGCCAAUCCAGAGACUAUUUACAGUAUGGAAAUUUCUACACAAGUAUUGGCCAAUACAGACUUUGCCAGUCAAUUUCGAUCCAAACAGGUUCGAAUUCUAGAGGCAACACAUUGGGGAAGGUGGACUGCUCUCAAGACCAGCCAGUGGAUGAAGCCAAUGCGGGGUAAAUACCGGAUCGACGAGUUGAGCGAAUCAGAAUGGUUUUGGGUGGCCAGUAGAUUGUUAUUCAACCCUACAGAUUGGUUGCUUGAACAGCUCAAGCCAUUUGAGAUGCUUUUAGGCGGGCAUUUGAGAUGGUCAGAUUCUUUGGCGCUCCAUGAUCCUACCAGCUACAUCGCACCUUCUGUUUCUCGGUGGCUACGAAUUGGAUUGCGUGGAGAUUCUAUUCUCAAAAGUUGUCUUGUUCAACAAAUAGAAAGUCUUUGUGGCAAUAUUCCAAAGAAUAUGUGCCAUGUCUUUGUAUCAUCUUCCACUGCAGGCGAUCUUCACGAUCUUCUGAAGACUCUCAAGGCGUAUGCAACUGUUUAUGUUCUACCAGAUGCAUUCGGGUUCUCAUCGAGUACCAAUGGAGAUCAGAGGAUGCUUUAUGUGCGUCCAUUUCUGGAGUGGACUAUCCUGUCUCGCAUGGAUAGGCUUUUAGGGCCACUUAAUGAUGAAUUUUUCCAGAGCUCCGCAUGGGCAGCUCAAGUUCACACAGAUCUUGUUUCUGUUAAUCACAUGGGAUGCCAUUUCAAAGUAUUGGAAUCAUGGUAA